AUGGCACCGAGGUUCCUCCGAAGUCUUAUUCCCCCCAGGGAGAAACGCAAUAAUGGUGGCACUUUGCGCGCUCUCAGAAGUUUGACAUUCAUACAACUGUUACAAUUCGUUACUGGUUGGUUGGCCUGGACAUGCGACGCCUUCGAUUUCUUCUGCGUCGCGCUUUCUGUUAAUACCUUGGCUGAAGAUUUUGAUAAGAAACCAGGGCAAAUCACUACCGCCAUCACGUUGACUCUCCUCUUCAGGUCACUCGGUGCAGUGGUCUUCGGUAUUCUGUCAGAUCGCUUCGGUCGCAAAUGGCCCCUUUUCGCAAAUUUGGUCAUCGUGUGCUCGAUUGAGAUCGGAACGAGUUUCGUGAAGACUUUCCCCCAAUUCCUGGCCGUCCGUGCUCUCUUCGGUGUUGCCAUGGGUGGUAUUUGGGGUCUCGCCGCCUCCACAGCACUGGAGAAUCUGCCAGUAGAGCUGCGUGGUCUCGGUUCAGGUAUCGUUCAACAGGGUUAUGCAUGUGGCUACCUCCUUGCUUCUAUGGUCAAUCUCACCGUUAUCCCCCAUACCUCGCACGGAUGGCGUGCACUCUUCUACGCUGCAGCGUGCCUGUCAUCCUCUACGGCCAUCCUGCGCGCACUCACACCCGAGAGUGCAGUCUUCCUCCGCGCGAAAGCCCUUGAAAAAAUAAACGGUGGCCACGCAACGGGCGAUAAGACCAAGAUCUUCAUCAAAGAGACGAAGGCUAUGCUCAAAGCGCACUGGAAACUCUGCAUCUACGCCAUCCUUCUAAUGACCGGUUUCAACUUCUUGUCCCAUGGUUCGCAGGAUCUCUACCCGACCUAUCUCGAAACGUCCAAAGGUUUCUCCACCCAUUCUGCCACAGUUGCCACCAUGAUCUCAAAUUGCGGUGCGAUUUCUGGUGGCGCUAUCGCAGGUUGGGCAAGUCAGUACAUUGGCCGCCGGUUGACUAUCGUAAUCUUCAUCCUCUUGGUUGGCGCGUUCAUCCCGCUCUGGAUCCUCCCUACGUCAUUCUCGGCCCUUGCAGCUGGCGCGUUCUUCCUGCAAGUUGGUGUUCAAGGUGCCUGGGGCGUCGUCCCCAUUCAACUCGCAGAGAUGUCACCUCCGGCAUUCCGUGCUACAUUUCCGGGGGUCGCGUACCAGCUUGGAAACAUGAUUUCCGCGGCAUCUGCACAGAUCGAAGCCGUCGGUGGAAGCAACAUUAGAACGACAAUUACUGUGGACGGGGUGACCAAGGAUGUGCCCGACUAUGCUACGGUGCAAGGCAUCCUCAUUGGUGUCGUUGCUGCCUAUCUGAUCAUUGUCACUAUCCUCGGGCCUGAGAACCACGGCACGCAUUUCGAGAGUGCCAAAACGGCAUUUGAAGGUGGUGCUGGUGCGGACGAGAUGCAAGACGUCGGAAUGGGAAAGCCCCGUUCGAUACGCGAGCUGGAGGGAAAGGACGACGAUGAGGUCGUAUGA